UGGGAUUAUGAAUGGGGGCGGGAGGGGGCCCGACGAGUUUGGGGUUCAAACCAGGAUUUUCGGCAUCCGGCUUUGGAGAGGCACGCAGGGCUGCGCGUAAUCCUUCAGCUCUGGUGGGAAGAGAGAUGCCCUGAGCUCCUGGCGGAGAGUGAGGGUUAUUUUGCAAAACUCCCUCGGUAUCCAGCCGGCGGAGUACUGCGGCGGUCGGCGAGGUCUUAAAACUUGUCAGCAAAGCUACCCUGAACAAUAGGCAUCCUGAGAAGGGAAAUUUUUCGUCUCUAUAAUGAAGAAAAGCAGGAGUGUGAUGACAGUGACGGCAGAUGAUAAUGUUAAAGAUUAUUUUGAGUGUACCUUGAGUAAAUCCUACAGUUCUAGUAACACACUUGGGAUUGACCUCUGGAGAGGGAGACGGUGUUGCUCAGGAAACUUACAGUUACCACCACUGUCCCAAAGGCAGAGUGAAAGGGCCAGGACCCCUGAUGGCGAUGGCAUUUCCAGACCAACCACGCUGCCUUUGACAACACUUCCAAGCAUUGCUAUUACAACUGUAAGCCAAGAGUGCUUUGAUGUGGAAAAUGGCCCUUCCCCAGGUCGCAGCCCGCUGGACCCCCAGGCCAGCUCUUCCUCUGGGCUGGUACUUCACGCCACCUUUCCCGGGCACAGCCAGCGCAGAGAGUCCUUUCUCUACAGAUCGGACAGCGACUAUGACCUGUCACCAAAGGCGAUGUCGAGAAACUCUUCGCUUCCCAGCGAGCAACACGGUGAUGACUUGAUUGUAACGCCUUUUGCUCAGGUCCUCGCCAGCUUGAGAAGUGUGAGAAACAACUUCACUCUACUGACAAACCUUCAUGGAACAUCCAACAAGAGGUCCCCAGCUGCUAGCCAGCCUCCUGUCUCCAGAGUCAACCUGCAAGAAUGUGGUGGAAGAGUGGUAACGCUGCUUCCCAGAAGAGCAGUAUUGAUAGUGCAACUUGACCUCAGCUUGCUGACCCCAGUGAACUCCAGGAGAGCUGACCUCACAGGCCCUGAGGUGCCCUCACGUUGA